GUAAUGCAAAACUAUGGAUGCCAACUGCCGUGAAACUCCAACAAAGAAGAAGAAAUACUGUUGAACCUGUUUUUAUACAGGCUAUGUGUUGAACCUGUUUUUAUAUUGUACGUAGGCCAUUGUCGCUCUGUAGUAAACUCUUUGAAAACAUGUCGAGGGCUCUAAUCAUUACAGCUGGGGCUGCUGGUGCAGUACUUCUGGCCCCUUUUGCGCUUGGCAUGGCUGGGUUUACCACCGCCGGCAUCACUGCAGGUUCUGUGGCAGCUGGCAUGAUGUCAUCAGCAGCCAUCUCCAGCGGUGGCGGUGUGGCUUCAGGAAGUUUGGUUGCUCUCCUCCAAUCUGCAGGCGCUGCUGGUAUGUCUGCAACAGCAACAGCUGGUGUGGCAUCUGUGGGCGCUGCUGCAGGAGCUCUAGUAAGUGGGGCAGUCGGUUUGUUGAAGAAGAUGAGGAAAUGAGAAAUGUACUGGAGUCCAGAGAGCUUCUGUUUACAGCCGGCUACCAUGAAAAGAGUUUAGCAGCAGCCUUUGAGUGUUUAAAGUAAUUUUCUGUAGCUUGAUUUUAAGUGUUUAGCUAAAUUUUAAAAAUAAGGAUGUAAGCACCCAAAACUUGAAAAAAAAAAUCUGUGAUUUUUCAUUUGGCACUUUGUAACUAAAAUUAUACUGUGGCUCUAGGCUAGAUGCGUGGUCUGUGUUUAAAUUUAUGUACUAAAAGCACUUUUACAUUGUGUUUACAUCAUGUGCAGAAUUAUUCAUAUUCACUGUUUUUCAUAGAUUGCAAAAAUGUACAGUAACUACUUUAAAAUGAAUCCAUGUAGUAAAUUCAUGUUGCUAAUAAUGUGAUUAAAUUUGAAUUCUGUCACCGGAA